CGGGCCCGUGUCACGUGACGGGGGAAAUAGGGAGGCUCUUGUGUUUACAUCAAUGCAUUCAACAGCGGCUGCUACGGAGCGUCUACACAUCAAUGUUUUUGCUGUCAUUUUUUUAAAAACGAGCCCGAUCAUCGGUACACACGGUAAUAUCGAGUCCGUUAGAGCAUAACGCUGCUGUGUGAUAAAGGGAGCGUGCGUCUGCUGCAGCUGUGAUCAGUUGUGUAUUAGAUUACUGGCGUCAUGGACGAGCUCGCGGUGGAAGUGCGAGGAGCGAGCGGAGCUUUCUACAAGGCUCUUAUUAAGGAUGUUCAUGAGAGUACAGUCACAGUGUCUUUUGAAAACAAUUGGCAGCCAGAACGACAGAUUCCUUUCCAUGAUGUCCGGUUUCCACACCCAACCUCAUAAAAAAAAAAAAUAAAUAAUGAAGUGGAGGUUUACUCCAGGGCCAAUGAUAAAGAGCCCUGUGGAUGGUGGCUAGCAAAAGUCCGCAUGGUGAAAGGAGAGUUUUAUGUGAUAGAAUACGCAGCCUGUGAUGCCACGCUAAAUGAAAUCGUCACAUUAGAGAGGUUACGACCUGUGAACCCCAACAAAGCCGCGUCAAAGAACACCUUUCUCAAAAUCAGACUAGAUGUUCCUGAAGACUUAAGACAGAUAAAAUCAUUUAAAGACUCUGCCCAUAAAGACUUCAAAAAAGCGAUCGGAGCGUUUAACGUCACUUAUGACUCGGAAGAAAAGCAGUUGGUUAUUUUGUCCGUUAAUGAAGUUACGGCAAAGCGAAUAGCCAUGUUGAGUGACAUGCACUUCAGGAGUCUGCGCACAAAGCUGGCGCUGAUAAUGAGGAAUGAGGAAGCAACCCGACAGCUGGAGAGUUCUCGGCAACUUGCCUCAAGGUUCCAUGAGCAAUUUGUGGUGCGUGAUGACCUCAUGGGAUUGGCCAUAGGCACCCAUGGGGCGAAUAUCCAGCAGGCCAGAAAGAUUCCUGGGGUCACAACCAUAGAUCUCGAUGAAGAGACCUGCACGUUUCACAUCUAUGGAGAGGACCAGGAGGCUGUUCGGAAGGCCAGAAGCUACCUGGAAUUUUCUGAAGAUGUUAUCAAAGUUCCUAAGAAUUUUGCAGGAAAAGUCAUUGGCAAGAGUGGGAAGCUGAUUCAAGAAAAAUUGCAAAAAUCAGUCUCUGUCAGAGUACGACAGUAACCGGAAAACUAAAAAAAACCCUCUGAAUUACAAUUGCAGGGAAUGGUGCCAUUUGUGUUUGUGGGGACGAAGGAAAGCAUUUCAAAUGCACGUAUUCUGCUGGACUACCAUCUAAAUUAUCUAAAGGAGGUGGAUCAGCUGCGAAUGGAGAGACUGCAGAUCGAUGAACAGCUCAGACAGAUCGGUGGAGGGCCUAGAGCUCUCCCGGGAAGACCUGAGAAAGAAAAACCUUUCAUGGCUGAUAAUGGAAUGGGACCCUCACGAGGUGGCGGCAAACCCUUCGGUCGUGGAGGGAGAGGAAGACGGGGCCCAACACUGACUUCAGGCACCAACUCUGAGGCCUCUAAUGCAUCUGAGACCGAAUCCGACCACAGAGAUGAGCUCAGUGACUGGUCCCUGGCCCCUACAGAUGAGGAGUCCAUGGGUUACCCCAAAAGGGCCCCUGAUGGACGCAAAAGAGGUGGAGGGCCCCGGGGCCGUGGAGGGAGAGGAAGAGGAGGAUACAAAACUGAAGACAUGCACUGGAAUGAGUCCCGCUCCCGUAGUUCCAGAGACUCGAAGCUGAGACCCCAGGAAGACACAUUGCAGAUCCGCAUCGACAGCAAUAACGAGAGGAGCGUCCACACCAGCCGAGGCUCUCAGACUCUGGCAGGAGACACCGGAGGGAACCGGCAGAGACCCAUAAAAGACCGAGGGAUGAAGAAAGACAAGCAGGAUGGCCCAGACAGCCAAGCCGUUAUGAACGGCAUUUCUUAGAGAAUAACAUACCCCCUUCCCCUCAUUCUCCCACUCAGCUCCACCAAUCCAGAUGCUUCUUCAUUAGACACACAUUAGGCCAAAGAGAACCAGGUCAGUAGGGCUGUCGCAAGACAUGACAUAAAGCACACUUUGUAAAUGUUAGUUGGGCUAAAAGACGAGGUCUCUUGGUGUAUGGUGUAUUGGAUUUGGUAGUCUUCACGGAUUAGAGAGACCGGUCUCUAAAUCACAACUGAAGCUACAGGUACAAAAAACUCUCU